AUUUCUUUUUUGUUGUUUUAAAUGAACACAUGCUCGUGACGUCACGGAAGGCUGAACCAAUGGCUGGCCACUGUGGGCGGGGCCGGCUCACAUCUGGAUGGAAAACAUCUGGACUCGCUCGCGCGCCCCCACGCGCGCCCCCGCGCUCUUUGAUUUGGACCCCGAGAUUUCAAUUGUCUUCAUCAUGUGGACCAACCAACUCAUCAUCAUCAUCAUCAGCUUGUCCGCGGCGGCGUUUGGCGGCCAUCUCAACUUCAACGUGUGCAUGUGGUGCGACGCGACCAGUCCGACGUGCGGCGAGCGCCGCGGGGAGCGCGUGUGCUUCUCCAACUGCUCCCUGUCCUCCUUCUGCUCGUCCCCGCACGACAUCUGCGUGGCCCUCUGGCGCGAGACCAACGCGAGCGUGUCCGUGCGCACCAUGUGUCACGAUCCCACGCGGCCGUUGGAGGGCGUGAGGGCGGGGGCGCUUCCGCUCAACUCCACGUCCCACGAGUGCCGCAUGACCGCGGCGGCGCCGGCCGAGGGCGGGCUGAAGGUGUGCGCGUGCCGCGGCCGCCACGAGUGCAACGACAAGCUCGUCUUUCGCCGCCGCGCUGACGGUCUGUCACCCGCGCCGGGCAAAGACGCGAUCCCCGUGGUCCUGGUCGGCCUGGCGCCGCCCGUUUUGGUGCUGGUCAUCGCCGUCGCCCUCUACAGGGCCCGCGCGUGCCGCAAAGAGGGGCCCCCGCGUCCGCCGACCCUGUCGCCGGUGGGAAAAAGCCCUCCGGAGCUUCUCCGGACGGCGGGCGAGUCGGACGCGCCGGCGCCGGUCGUCCGCCUGGAGGCGGCGGUGGGCGGCGUGGCGGCGAAGGUUUUCCCCGCCGCGCGGGCGGCCUCCUGGAGGCGCGAGGCCGCCGUCUUGGCCGACGGCGGCAUGAGGCACCGCAACGUCAUCGAAUUCCUGGGGGCGCAGGUGAGGGGCGGGGCCUACUGGCUGCUGCUGGCCUAUCACGGGCUGGGCAACCUCCAAGACUUCCUGGCGGCGAACGUGCUGGACUGGAAGCGGCUGCUCACCAUGGCGAGCGGCCUGGCGCGCGGCCUGGCGCACCUGCACAGUGACACUCUGUGGCCAGCGGGGGCGCCCAAGGUGGCCGUGGCUCACCGCGACGUGAAGAGCAGCAACGUGCUGCUGAAGGACGACGGAGACGUGGUCCUGUGCGACUUUGGCCUGGCCGUCCAACUCCGCGCCGAGCUCACGCCGGACGACUUUGCCAACAGCGGACAGGUGGGCACGGCGCGCUACAUGGCGCCCGAGGCGCUGGAGUCCCGCGUCAACCUGGAGGACGGGGAAUCCUUCAAGCAGAUGGACGUCUACUCCAUGGCGCUGGUCCUCUGGGAGAUGGCUUCGCGGUGCCGCGCCGUCGGAGAGGUCGACAGCUACGCGCCGCCGUUCGGCGCCGCGGCGGGCGAGCGUCCGUGCGUGGACAGGAUGCGUGAUUUGGUCGUCGGGGGGCGCCGACGCCCCGACAUCCCGCCGGGAUGGACGAGGCAUCAGGGGAUGAGCACCUACUGCGAGACGGUCACGGAGUGCUGGGACCACGACCCUGAGGCGCGCCUCACGGCGCUCUGCGUGCUCGAGCGACUUCGCGCCCUCCGGAGGCGCGAACGGGGAGAGCGCGCAGAGCGGGAAGACGGACGACUCGUCGACGAGGAAGCGCGGCCGCGUUGAAGGGCGUCGCCGUCACGGUCCCGGGAAGGCGGGGGCUCGUCAUCAUCGGCGGGAGACGUCCCGGGCUUUCCCCAUACUUUCGACCGCGCGCUGGCACGAGUGACAACUCCUGCAGCCGGCCGCCAAAGCUGCCGCCGGGGGGCGUUCCGGUCUUGCUGACGGGCGUCCUUUGGACAGACGGAAGGAGGAGAAAAGCAACACGUUUGAAGGGGGAUGAACCGAAAUCAGCCGAAGGAACGAAAGAAAGAAAGAAGGAUCAACACAGACAGGAGGGAAGGAAAAGAAGCGCGGAUGUUGCCAACUUGGACGUUGACGAAAGAGAAGCAGGAUGAGCGACGCAACAUCAAGUCCACGCUGUUUAUUUUCAUGACAUGAAGGCGACCCGGACAUGAAAAUGGGAGUCGCGCGUGGAGGCUUCCAACGGUUGCGGCUCAGAGGGACGACUUUUGCCUCGGUUUGCACCACCGGACCGCGAGACGGACGUGCUC